AUGUACUCUCCUACGGACUCGGUGGACGACAUUAUCGCGUCCUCCAACCUCUCAGACUGCUCUCUCGACAACGAUGUAGGUCCGGCCUCGCCACCUGCCGGUCCGAGGUACCGUGCCGGACGCGGAGGAGGCGUGGAGAUCAGCGGCGGCCGGCCCGCGCAAAGGCGUCCAUCCAACCGUGACGAAUUCGACGGGCCGCACCACUUCCUCCAACUGCCGACGGCGGAGUAUGUGGCGAUGCAGGAGCGCGACCUGCCGCACCUUCCGACCAACCUUCCGAUCCAGGAGCAGGACUAUAUCCUGCGGCAGAUGAACGAGCGGCUCUCCCAGUGCGCGUUUGACUUUGUGGCCAAGUAUCAAUUUCCGAUUCCGCUAGCGCCCAACACACGGCCUGUGGAGAAGGCGCUGGACCGGGAGUGGGUAGAGUGGGUAUACCUUCUCAAGAGAUUGGCGACCAAGAGGCGGAUACCGGCACGCGUGCUCUAUAACGCCCAGAUCAAGCAGUUUGUACCUACACUUGAACACUCUCUCGAGAUGCGGUAUGCUCCGUCCUCAGCCACCCCGUCGUCCGCGCCGAUGGGAGCCGGGGCGGGUAUCGGGCCAGGACAGGGUGCUCUAGGGAUGAAGAACGGGCAAUACAUACAGCGACGUCCUCUCAAGGACGACAGGCACGUUUUGCAGCUCCUGUCGGCGGGGAUACAGGUAGCUAAGAUCCUGAAAGAUGCGGGUGCAAUGGAUUACUUGGACAAGCUCUAUGCAUCGACAGAGAGGCAGAUUUACGAGCGAGCACCGGCACGGUACCGCGGCUGA